AUGAAAAAAAGAACAAUAGAAAAUGAUGAAAUAAUAGUGACAGCUUCUCGAAUAGCUUCAUCAAUCUCAAUUUUACUCAUCAUUUUCACUACUUUAUUAUACAUUUAUUUUGGAAGUUUGCUUGACAACACGUCACGAAAAUUGAUUGAUCAUGUGAAUGGAUAUGAGGUAUAUUGGGUUUAUAAGAAUUUUUCAUAUAGAAAAAAAUAAGUUAUAGGAAUUGAAACUUCUGACUGAAGAUGCAUUAUUGAACGCGGAAGAUGAACAUAUCCGAAGUCCACGUCAAUCAUGGAAAAGUCGACCAAGAUGGAGGAACUCGGAAAAUGCAAAAAGACGGAAUAAAUUUGAUGAGCCCAAGAUUUGUGGUACUACAUAACUUUCCUGAUUUCCUCCCCAUCCAUUUUUUUCAGAUUGUACUGUUAUCGAAUGCCCCAGGGGUCCAAGAGGACCACCCGGUGAGGAAGGAAUUUGGCCAAGUGAUGGAAUCGCAGGCGAACCUGGAAAAGAUGGUUUAGAUGGAAUAUAUCAAGUUGAUGAGCCUGAAUGUCCUCCUUGUCCUCAAGGUCCACCUGGUGAAGAUGGACAUCGAGGAGAUGCCGGAGAACGUGGUAGACCUGGUAUUCCUGGAGAACCCGGAGAACCAGGAACUAAUGAACCUGGUGUUGUUGGAUUGCCAGGUUCACGCGGACAAUCUGGGAGAGCAGGGUUUAAGGGAGAUCCAGGAGAGCCUGGACAAGAUUUUGUGCAAUUGACUGGUUUGCCUGGUCCAAAAGGUGCUCUUGGUGGAAUUGGAUUGCCUGGAGCAAGAGGGGAUCCUGGAAAUAAUGGAAAACCAGCACCGCCAGGUUAGUUUUGAAAUAAAUUAGCUCUUUUUUUCUAGAAUAUGAGACUAUCCAGAUUUUUGCUCUAACUGAAAUCAAAUCCGAUGUUUUCAAUCGUAUUAUUUUCAGGGCCCGAAGGAUUCCCUGGACCAACUGGUGAACCUGGAGAACAAGGUGAUUAUGGACUCCGAGGAAUACAAGGUCGAAAAGGUGCACCUGGAAAAGAUGGAGGUUAUUGUCAAUGUCCACCAAGAGAAGGACCAGUUAAUAGAUCUGGAAAUUCUGGAAAUCGAAGAACUGAAGAUGAUUGGCAGAAAUCGAGUGAUGAUUAUGAAACUGAAACAGAUUCGGUUCCUAGUUCUAACAGAAAGAGCUGGCCAAAACGUUAGUUUUAAUACGUACUGAUUCGAAAAUUCCGAAAAGAAAUAAUUUUAGCUCGAAACUCGCAGUCUCAUCAUAAUCAACUUUAUGUAAAUCUUCGUAGAAAAAACAAAAAUUCCGAUCUUAUUGAUGUUGGAUCAAAUAACAUGAGGUAUGCACUUCAGAACCAAAAAUUCCGGUUUCAAUUACAAUUCCUAAUUAUUUUCAGAAGAUCACCGUUGACGCCAUUAAUUGAAUACAAAGACUCUAGAGAAGAAGGUCAUAAAAAUGUAAGCUACAAUUUUUUCCAAACAAAAAAAAUAUAAACAUUGAUUUUUUCAGCGUGUUGUGAUGUAUCAUUCUUCAAAAGGCAGUUCAGUAGAUUUCGAACUUCGAUAA